UAAAAAAAAUUUGAUACAUACAUUUAACAAAAUAAUAGCUUUAUCAAUCAAAGAAAUUUCUACUUACUUUUUUAGUAAUGAAUAAUAAUUACCUCUAAUUGUUAAUAAAUUCAUUUAUUUUGUAUAAUACAUUGAACAUUAUAAUGUAUCGUACGACAGUAAUUCGAAAAGCUAGAUCGCCCUUGACUCUUUUCUUAUUUGAAAAUUCUAAUUUAUUACCGAGUGCAUUUCGAUGUCAGUCGUCUUUGAAUUUUAAAGACACUCUUCUUCUUCCUCAAACUAAAUUUCCCCACAAAAUUAAUUUUAAUAAAAGAAGAGAUAGAGAUCGAACAAUUGAAAUUGAUUCUAAAUUUGAAGAAUUAUAUAGUGCACAGUUAAACAGGGACUCUUCCUUAGUAUAUACUUUGCAUGAUGGGCCACCAUAUGCAAAUGGCAAUGUGCAUUUAGGACAUGCUGUGAAUAAAAUUUUAAAAGAUAUUACCACACGCUUCCAUCUCCUAAGUCGAAAAAAAAUCCAUUAUGUCCCUGGUUGGGAUUGCCAUGGACUACCUAUCGAACUGAAAGUUAUGAAGGAAAAUGAGUCACUAGUGUCUGCUGAUUCUAAACUUCAUCUGCGGAAACGAGCUUUUGAUUUUUCUCAGAAAACUAAAAAAGAACAAAUGAAUUCGUUUUUGAAAUGGGGCUUAGUAGCUGACUGGAAAAACAGUUACUUUACUUGUGAUCCUAAUUAUGUUGUUCAACAAUUGAAGACUUUUCAAGAUUUAUAUGAAAAAGGACUAGUGUUUCGAGAUUUCAAACCAGUGUAUUGGUCUCCUAAAAAUAGAACAAGUUUGGCUGAAGCUGAAUUGGAAUAUAAUUCAAACCAUAUCAGCUGUUCUAUUUAUAUCAAAUUUGAAGUUCAAAACUGUCCUGACUUUAUAAAAGAUGCAAUAGGUCCAGGCUCAAAAUUAAACGUUUUAAUAUGGACCACCACCCCAUGGACCCUUCCUGCUAAUCAAGCUGUGUGCUAUUCAACUGAAAAAAGAUAUUGUGUCGUAUUUUGUAAAAUGAAGAACGAGUUUUAUCUUAUUGCAGAAGAAACUAUGUCUGUUUUAGAAAAAGUACGGAAGUCACCGUUGCAUGUUCUAAAAUCAUUUGAAGGAUCUCUGCUGAAAGAUGUUGCUUAUAUUCAUCCAAUCUAUAAUGGAAGAAUUUGUCCACUUCUACCUGGUCAUCAUGUAACUAUGGAUAAAGGCACUGGUCUUGUACACAUGGCGCCUAACCAUGGCUUUGAUGAUUUUAUUGUUGCUCAGAAACAAAAUCUUCAACUUGAUGAAUGCAUUAUUGAUGAAGAGGGGUGUUAUACCUCUGAAGCAGGCAAGGAAUUUGAUAGGAAAUAUGCAUUAGAUGAUGGAAAUGCAUAUAUUUUGGAGAGGCUGAAAGAUCAGAUUGUCUAUUCAGAGGAGUAUGUUCAUAGUUAUCCGUACGACUGGCGAAGUAAAACACCUUUGAUCAUUCGAAGCAGUUAUCAGUGGUUUAUUGAUGUACAUCAGAUUCGAGAUAAAGCCAUUUCAUGUCUUCAGAAUGUCAAUGUUAUUCCACCACAUUUUAAAAAGAGUUUUCAAAUCCAAUUAGAAACUGCCCCACAAUGGUGUAUUUCUCGUCAAAGAUCUUGGGGAGUACCUUUUCCUGUAUUUUAUGAUCCAAUUCACCAUAAACCUAUUGUUCAUAGAUUGUUGACUGACCAUCUGUGUUCAUUAAUAAAGUCUAAUGGUAUUCAUUGUUGGUGGGAAAUGGAUUCCAAACAGUUGUUCCCUGCACUUUUGAAAAAACAGCUGAAUAUUCAAGAUGCUGAUUACCAAAAGAGUUGUGACAUAAUGGAUAUCUGGUUUGAUAGUGGCUUAAGUUGGAAUUGUGCUCUUCCAGAUCCAAAAGUUUCUGAUAUUUGUAUUGAGGGUAUCGAUCAAAUGAGAGGCUGGUUUUAUUCUUCUCUGAUUACAUCUGUUGCCUUAGGAGAAAAAGCACCUUAUAAAUCUAUCAUGUUCCAUGGUUUUGUAACAGAUAGCAAUGGUCGUAAAAUGUCUAAGUCUGAAGGAAAUGUUGUCAGUCCAGAUGACAUUUUAUCUGGAAAUAAAAAAAGUGGAAUUCCUUCCUACGGAGUUGAUGUUCUUCGAUGGUGGAUUGCAGCUCAUGCCUGCCAUUCUGAAAAUACUCCUCUCAAAAAUCAAAUACUAGAAGAAUGCUCUCAAAGCAUUGACAAAAUGCGUAAUGUAUUGAAGUUCCUAUUAGGUAGCUUAUCUAAUUUUGAAUCUGAAUAUGUCACAGAUGUUUCGAAGUUUAGAGCCUUAGAUCUGUACAUGUUGCACAAAACGUUACAGUUUUCUCAGAAAAUCAAUGACUACUACGGUAAUUUACAGUACAAAAAUGUUGCCAAAGAAAUAUUAAAUUUUGUGUCCAAUGACGUAUCUUCUUUUUACUGUGCUUUGAUAAAAGACCGACUCUAUUGUGAUGGUGCUACUUCGUUAGAAAGACAGCAUUGUCAAGUGGUUUUAAGCAUGGUCUUAAACAGCCUCAUUCGUUCAUUAGCACCCAUUUGUCCUCAUUUAUCUUCAGAAGUUCUUCUUCAUCAUCCUGAUAAGCAGCUUGGGUCAAGAAUUAGUGACUACUACAGUAAUUUACAGUACAAAAAUGUUGCCAAAGAAAUAUUAAAUUUUGUGUCCAAUGACGUAUCUUCUUUUUACUGUGCUUUGAUAAAAGACCGACUCUAUUGUGAUGCUGCUACUUCGUUAGAAAGACAGCAUUGUCAAGUGGUUUUAAGCAUGGUCUUAAACAGCCUCAUACGUUCAUUAGCACCCAUUUGUCCUCAUUUAUCUUCAGAAGUUCUUCUUCAUCAUCCUGAUAAGCAGCUUGCGAAACAAAAUGUCUUUCUUUGUCGAUUUCCAUGCUUGGAUACACUGGUACAGAAUACCAUAUUUCCUGCAUUUUUUAAAACAGCCAUUGAAAUUAGAGAAACUAUCUUAAAAUCUGAAAUCAAAACUUUGAAUCAACAACUCGUUAUCAACUGUAGUCCAGUGCUUUCAGAUCACUUGGAGAAAGUAAAUAUGAAUAUGGAAAAUGCAUCAGGUCUAACUGAAUUGUAUCAAGUCUCGGAAGUUUUUAUUAACAAAUCUCCUAAGGAUGUCAAAGAAUCCAGUAGCCUGAAAGGAAAUAUUAAAGAACUGGGAGAAAAUGGAGACUAUUCAUUAACCUUUGCAGAGAAUAAGAUGGGAAAAUGUCCAAGAUGUCGCCUGUAUAAAUCCAUUUCAUCAUCAAGUUUAUGUGAUCGUUGUGCCCGAGUUAUAAAUUUAUAUAAUACUAAUUCUGUUAAAAUAAAUAAGUGUUAAUAUUUAA